GAAUCACGCUGCAGUAGUCUCGCGUGAGUAGACGCAAAUCACUUCCUGGAUUACAUUCCAUCAGACACUAAACUCACGCGACUCUCCCAUAUGGUCUCACCUGUCAGUCGGAGGUGAACAUGGCUGAGGUCUCGGAGAGGACACUACAAGUGGCGGUGGUGGUUUCCUUCGCUGCGGGGUUCCUGGCGGGCUGGCAGGCCAACAGAAUGAGGAGGAAGUUUCUGGACUGGAGGAAGAAAAGGCUUCAAGAUAAACUGUCAGAAACUCAGAAGAAACUGGAUUUAGCGUGAAAGAAGCUGCUGCUACACUGGGCCAUGGUGAGUACAGCUCUGACACCUAACAACAGGACAAGUCUGUUUUGAAAUAAAAAUGUUUUUUUGUUUUUUUUUAGCCUGACUUGUUCGUAAAUUUCGAUGUUAUACCUGAGCUUCAUUCACACUCAGGUCUAAUCAUGUAAGACCAUCUGUUUACCGGUUAUAUUGUAGGACACUGUGCUGCCUUCAUGUAUAACUUAGAACCCUAGAACACUAUGUGAUUUUUACCCGAAAUAAUAUACCCAAGAAAAAGUACUUGUCAUCAAAAUAUAUCAAAAUAGGACAAUACAUGACAAAUUAAAGUAGUUUUAUUUUAUUUUUAACUGUGUAAUGUCUAAAGGGAAGGAAAAAAGUGCCAUGAGGGGACUGUAUAAAAAUACAACCCCAAAAAAAAAAAAUGAAAUUAGGCAUUCAGGAAUAGAAAAUUCCUAAAAAAAAAAUGUGUGUGCGUAUAUAUAUAUGUGUGUGUAUAUAAAUAAACCAUUCAUGGGGCAUGUAAGUCUUCCCUGGUGAAGGCUCUGGGUCCUCGGCACAAUAACAGCUGCAGGAGAGAGAACCAAAAUAUGGCACAUUUUGUAAUAAUAAUUAUGAUGCAUCAGAUUUUUAUUGUGCUUCUUGUGAGUGACCUCAAGGCGCUUUACAUUGUAUACAUUAUUCAUUCGCUCACAAACUCACAUCCUAGUGGUGGUAAACUAACUUAGUAGUCACACUGCCCUGGGGCUGACUGACGGAAAUGUGGCUGUCAGUUUGCGCCUACGAGCAAGGGGGGUUAAGUGUCUUGCCCAAGGACACAGCAGACAGACUAGGGAUAGAGUUGGGUUCGAACUGCCAACCUUCCAGUUAUUGGCUGACCGCUCUACCUCCUGAGCUUCUUCCUGAGUGAGUGAAAAUGACCAGCUGACUAAAAUAUUUCUUAUCUCCAUAUGAAUUCCCUUGAAAAUCACGACUUUGUGAUAGUUAUUCAUAACCACUGCGUUAAAUAAAGAUAGCAUGCAAAUUCCAGGACCACUCUUACCAACCUUAUUCCCUACAUGCAGCGAUCAAAUCCACCCAAACCUACUUUACCCUCUAUCACUAUUGCCGGGUGAAAACCCGUGUCUGUAGGAGAGAGCAGGUUUGGGAUCAGGGAAACAAAUAUGCCUUCAAAGAUGUCAUCCCUUCAAGCGAUAGUCAUCGCGGGUUAAAAAUAGAAAUCGUUUUUUUGCCUGACUUGUGCAUAUAUUUUGACGUAACCACAUACCACAUAAGACUAUCUGUCCGUCGGUUCCUUUAGUUCUAUUGUAGGACUCUGUGCUGCCUUCAUGUUUUACUUAAAUUUCUGCUGGAGGUCACUCAUGCUGCAGAAAUAUGUCCAACUAUUGUGUCUUCAUUUGCAGAUGUGGGGCUAACAUCUCUACAGGAGUGCUGGUCUGCUUUGCACAGCUGUAGGAUUCCUAGAGACUUCUGUGGAGAGACCCCAAGAUGUCCUGCCUGUCGUCUGAACCACCCAUAAUCCACCACCUUCGUGAAAACCUCAAACUUCACUUUUAUUAGGGUCUUUGGACUUUACCUGUUGACAGAAACUCUGUAGACUUAAAUGUUGAACAAUUGUGAGAUCUAGCUUCAAUGUUUUCUCUUUCCUGUUUCGACAUGUCGGUCUCUACCUGUGCUGUAUCUGGUUCAAUAAAGUAUCUAGUUUUUCACA